AUGGGAGAUCUAGAUCUUGAUCUUUGUGGUGAAAAACUAUGCCUUGACCUUUGUGAUGGAGAACUGCUUAAUCUUCGCGAACUAUGUUUUGAUCUUCGUGAUGAUAGAGAAUCGCUCCUUGAUCUUCGUGAUGAUAGAGAAUUGCUCGAUUUUA